AUGCCGUCCUCCAACUUUAUGAUCUCGGACCUCUUCAUAGGGCAGAUACAGUCGAGCGAUCCUAUCCAUUCUGCUGCUCCUCCCUGUGACCUGAAUCUUGAUCUUGAUGAUCUUCUAGGCUCUGGUCUCGGGGUAAACUCUGAAAUUACCAAAGUCAAUUCGACUAUCGGUCAUAGAUUACCUGGUUCUGAGGAGCCGUCUGAAGCAGAGACUCUUCUCCGGCUGCACCUUCCCCAUGAUGCUUUCAUGCUUGUGAUCGGCCAGCGCUCUAAGCACUUGAGUACCGUCCGGCUCAUGUGGUCUCGAAGCAGCAUCCGAAAUGCAAUCGAGGCUGCUCUUAUAAUGCAGGAGCCUUCUGUUCUUAUAGACAUUUUAAGCGUGCUGAAUCAAAAUGUGUAG